AAACAACGAGUAAAUUUACAAAGGCAAAAUUGCUAAAAGCACGCUAAAGUUAUUUAAUAACCGCAUAAAAAGUUUAAAAAACUGCAAUUAACUAUCGAUUAACAAUUGGAUCAGUACAGAAGCUCAAAAUGUCUCAAAUAGAAGCAGAAACCUAUAAAUUAGACAUUUAUCCAGUCAAUGAUGAGUUCCUAGCAUCAAUUGAUACAUCCAGUAACCAAAAUGUGGAACAGAAGAAUGUUGAAACAGUCGUUAUUCUUGACAGGUCAGGCUCGAUGGGAGGAUCAGUAGUAAAAAUCAUUCGCAAGAUAUUACCGAAGUUUUUUGAAAUUCUUAAAUAUGAUCCAGAACAAGUCAUUAACUUAAUCGCAUUUGAAAGUCGAACUGUAGUUCACAAGAUCAAAAUUAAGGACUUCCAUACUUAUAAAAUGUUUAGUGCUGGAGGAACUGUUAUGGCACCAGCUGUAACCGAAUUGCGAACAUUAUUUGAGGAAUUUAAAGAAAAAAUCGAUUCUUUGCGCAUUGUGACUAUUUCUGAUGGUAUGAUUGCUGAUGAAGAACAAACUAAGGUUUUAGGUGACGAACUGGCUACAUUUGCUUCAGAUUGUAACAUUUUAGUCAAUUCUCAAGCUGUUCGUUUUUUCACAUCCCGUUCGCAGCCAGACACAACUGCUUUAUGUAGCUUAUUACAGCUUAACAACAUUAUAAAGUCUCAAAUGAUUGAUGUUGAUGCAAUUCAUCAUCACGAUAAAAUUGCAGGAAAAAUGGCAGAUCUGUUUAUCAAUGAUGGAUUUGGCAACAUAAAGACUCUGAAAUGCAAUAAUCCAAUUUUUUACGCAUAUCCAUGGAAGAAUGAGGAACUCGAUCGAUAUCUCAUCUUGCCAAAUCGUCUAAAUGUAUUUUGGUUGAAGAGAAUCCCGAAUGAAAGUGAUUUAAUCACAAUUUGCAAUGAUCCAGUUCAUGUUGCAGUCAAAGAUAUGCUUAAACUAGAUGUUUUACAGAAGUUGAUUAAUGCUAAGCUUGAUUAUGCAAUCGAUCGUAUGAAAAUACUCAAAAUUGUUGAUACAGAAUCAGCUAAGAAUGUCAUUAAUCAAAUUGUUGAGUAUUUUAAGAAAAUGGAAGACAUUUUAAACAGUUUGAUAGAUGUACAGGAAGUAAUUGAUGAAAAAUCAAUCAUAUAUCGUGCUAGAAUGCUCAAACUCAAUAGAAUUCGAUCCCGAAAAAUCACAACUUAUUUGGAAACGAUUGCAAAUGACGAUAAAGUCAAUGAACUAAAUGCAGCACAAAAAGCAUCAUAUUUGAGAAGCGUCGAGCCAGCAAGUAAGACUGGCAAAGGACUAGCAAGAAGAGCUGCAAAGAGAAAGGGAAAUCUUGACGUUCCACAAAUGUCGUUUAUUGAAAUCAUCCGAAAAGAGGUUGAAAAUAUUAAGGAACAUUUCGAUGAAAUCAAAGACAUCGACUAUAAAGACCAUGCAGUCUCAUUCUAUUCGCAAGCUACAACAAUUGAAGGUCUUAAGCUACUCAUUGAGCUUUCUGAUGAUCCAGAUUUUAUGAAUUAUUCAGCAGAUGACAUUCUUCAGCUUACUAACAUCGUUGGUAUAGCUUGUAAUGGCUCUGUUGGUGAUUUUCCUGAUCCUUCAACAUGGCGAAUGAAUGAAAUCUAUUAUGGAUGUCACAUUAGUGUUGCUGAUAUUAUUACUUCAAUCCAUCAAUCUGCUGAUACAGAAUUUAAGCUUAAAGCACCUGGCUGUGAUAAGGAAAUAACAAAUUCAAUUCCAAUCUUUGAUGAUCCAAAAAUCGGAGUCUUUUUGAAGAAAUAUGCACCGUCAAUUCUCGAAUAUUCAUCAUCAAUUGGCAUGCGUCGAGUUAUUGCUGAUGUGCCAAUGACUUUGGGCUACACAAUUAUUGCUGGAAUUCGUCGCAUGAUUUAUGAUUUAAAUAAGAACAAGUCAACUGUUUAUCUUGAUUCUUUUAAGCAAUUGGUCAGCUCUGCAGCUUCCUUUGUUGGCAAAUAUUAUGAUCACAUUGAGGAACUUUUAGUAGACAAAGAUUGUGCAAAAAAAAGCUAUUAUUUAGCUAAUAACGGAAUUGCCAAUUUAAUCGUUCCUUUAAUUCGCAUUUAUAACAAGGAAAAUCAUGAAGCAGUUAAGCGCAUACCUGACAUAAUGAGAUCAAUUUAUAGCUGUGAAAUUUGGAAAGGAAUCAGCAAAGAAUUUCGUGGUAAGAUUAAAUUCAAUGACAUUGUUAAGGACAUGAUGUAUAAAUUACUUUGUAUUAAUGUUGAGAAGCAAAAAGUUCAUGUCAAGCCUUUAUUUGAGCCAGAACCAGAUCGUAAAGACAUUAAAUUUCCAGAAGAAUUUGCAAUAAAUCAAGGAUAUGUCAAUGAACUUACCAAACCACUUUAUUAUCACAAUUACAUGACUUUACUUCCAAAAUUCCUACAUGCUGCAACCAAAGGAUCAAUUGAAGAUAUUAAGGAUGUCCCAGAAAUGACUAAAACAUUGUUUUUGGAUUCUUUAGACAUCAAGUACUGCUAUAAAGAUUUUAUAUUCCUAAAUGUGUUUCAAGCUCUUCGAUAUCCGAGAAAUUCUGAACGUGCUGAUCAAAAAACUAAGGAAAUGAAGAUGAUUGAUUUAAAGGAUCAUAAAGAAGCUUUAGAUGAUGUAAAAAAGUACGUCCGUGAUCAAUUCGAGAAGCUGUAUGAUUACGAAUUGAAGGCAAAGCGUCGAAUUGAAGAAACAGAAAUGGCACGAAUUAUUGUCGAAAUGAUCAUCUCUGAGACUGAUUAUCAAGCUAUGAUUGAUGUUUGGAAAAAUGGAAUGGAAAGAAAUGGAAUUACUUAUAAAAUAGCAACACAAUCUAGUAAUGGAUUUAGGCUUUUAUGCCGAAAACUUAUCGACACAAAAUUGUCAAUUCCACUACGUUCUGAAAUAAUUAAGGUUUUAUUCCUUGGAGUUGAUUGGAAUAAUGAAAUUGUCUACAAUAAAGGAAAGAUCUGCGACAUAAAGAAUGUUAAGAAGUUCAAGAAACGUUUCAUGUUGACAUCAAGUCUCGAUGAAUGGAAUGAAAUUGAAGACAUGAUUAAGAAACGUCCAGUUCAUGUUUAUCGUGAAAAGGAGAAUAGAUGUGGACAUGGAAAUUCUAAGCCUUCAUAUUGGGCAUUAGGAUAUAAUGAAGUUUAUGAUUAUCUCAAUACGUUGGAUAAUCUAAAUCUUUGUGUAUAUUAUGAUGCACAUCGAAGUUGCUGUAAUGCUCAAGAUGUUUAUUAUCAUUUAUGGAGUCAAAGAUAUGAAGCUGAACGUGGACGAUGUAAUGAUCAGCAAUUCAUACAGGAUUUAUGUAAAGAAGUUCAUGACAACAUGGCUGUUUCUGACAAAGUUCCAAAUGAUGAUGAGACAAUUAGUCAAGAUUCCAAUGAAUAUCGUGCGAUUGAAGCUAUAGAAAACUUAGUAGAAUCUGUUGAAGCUAAUGAAAGCUUGGUAGAAGCUGUUGAAGCUAAGGAAGAUUCUGUUGAAGGUGUUGGAGACGGAUUGAAUUUUGAAGGAUGCCCACAAGGACCAGAUAUUAUUGAAUUGAUCUCAGAUGCUCUUUUAGAGCCUAUUAAGGAUGAAAUUAAGGUUGAAAAUGAGGCUAAAGUUGUUAAUGAAAUUAAAGCUCCAGCAAAGGUUACAAACCAAACAAAUGAAGGUCGUAGGAGCACAUGUAUGAUUUUGUGAACCUAAACGCUGAAUUUUGAUUAUAUGAAAAUAUGUGAAUUAAGUUUAAGAUUUUGGUACCAAUAAAGAAUUGCUCUGCUAGAUUGCAA